AUGUUGUCCUUUCUCUCGUCGAAUCUAUCAAACACCCGGCAGUCACUUGCCCAGGCACUCAAUUUCGCGCUGGUGCUCUCCACUGCGUUCAUGAUGUGGAAAGGACUCUCCGUAUUCACCGCUUCCUCCAGCCCCGUUGUAGUUGUUUUGUCCGGGAGUAUGGAGCCAGCGUUUCAAAGAGGAGAUCUACUGUUCUUAUGGAAUCGAAGCCCGCGCGCUGAGCUAGGCGAAAUUGUCGUCUAUAAUGUCCGGGGCAAGGACAUCCCUAUUGUGCAUCGCGUCGUGAGAACAUUCCCAGAAAUUGAAGGAAAGGCGAAGAAAGUCAAGGAGAUCACCGAUUCCUCAUCGACUCCCAACAACAUGCUUCUUACCAAGGGCGAUAACAAUAUUGCAGACGAUACUGAGUUGUAUGCGCGAGGCCAGGAUUAUCUCAACCGUGAAGAAGACAUUGUUGGUAGUGUGCGAGGGUAUAUCCCCAUGGUGGGAUAUGUGACUAUCUUGCUCAAAUCUGAACCGAUGGGCAGUAAAAGGAUAGCCAAGGAGCUUGCUGAGCUCACGGAAUCCCCUCCUGAAGGUAUCACCGUGGAACUAGUAAACGAGUCGGAUAUCUAUCAAUGGAAGGUUUACAUGGACGGACCAGAAGGAUCGCCGUACCACAAAGGCAGAUUUCUGGUCAAGCUCAGCCUUCCCACCGAAUACCCCUUUAAGCCGCCAUCGGUUUCGUUUGGCACCAAGAUCUACCACCCUAAUGUGACCAACGAUGAUAAGGGAAGCAUGUGUCUGGGCAUGCUGCGGGCCGACGAAUGGAAGCCCAGCUCCAAAAUCGCCGCGGUGCUCGAGUUCGCGCGUCAACUGCUCGUAGAGCCGAUGCCGGAUGAUGCUGUUGAGGGGCGGAUUGCGGAACAAUAUAGGAAUGACCGUGCACGGUACGAUGAGAUCGCGCGGGAGUGGACAAGGAAGUAUGCGACGGCAUAG